AUGUGCCUAGGUUACCCAACGGGCCAGGAGAAAGGCACCUACUUGGCGCUAGAAAUCAUUGGAAUGGACAUUUACGCCUGCCAGGUCAAACUUAAAGGCGAGGGCGGCAAGCUUGCUAUUAACCAGUACCAGUACAAGAUCCCACAAGACUUGAUGAGUGGCGACGACUUUGUCGUUCUGAUCGAUUACGUUGUCGAAUGUGUGUCUGACUUUUUGGGUCGAGUGGGUACCCAAGAUCUUUUUGUGUACCCGAUGGCAUGUUCGCUGUGCUUCGCCAUCAAGCAGACCGCACUGAACAACGGACGCAUUCUCUCACUCGGCCACGGCUUCAGCUAUCCAAACGGUGUAGGCGUCGAUAUCGUACAAUUGAUGCACGAACGAAUGCAAAUCAAGGGCCUCCCCAUCAAAGUCGUCGCCAUUACAAAUGAUGCCGUCUGUGUAUUACUGGCGCACGCAUACCAGCACUCGUCGACCCGUCUUGGCAUUAUUCACAGCUUAGGAACCAACUGCGCUUACUACGAGGCAGUUUCAAAUGUCGCAAAGCUCCAGGAUCCAUCUUUCCAACAACCAAACGACCGACGCAGUAUGAUCAUCAACACUGAAUGGUGCAACUUUGGGUCCUCCCGGAGAACGCUUCCGUGUACUUGGUUCGACCGUAAAUUAGACCGGGAAUCCAUCAACCCGCAAUACCACGUGUUUGAAAAAAUGACGACCGGCAUUGCUCUGGGCGAAUUGGUCAGAAACAUUCUCAUCUACCUCGUCGACCGUGACGUGCUAUUUGGCGGCGAGUCCAGUGAAACAUUGAAUCGACAGCACGGAUUCGACACGAGCUACAUGUAUGUGUGUGAAGCAGACGAUUCGGACGAUUUAGAAGAUACCCGUAUAGUCAUUGAGGACAUGCUCAACCUCUCGCGAAGCACGCUGGGCGAUCGUGAGAUCGUUCGCCGUGUUUGUCAGCUGGUCGGCAUGCGUGCGUCCACUCUGGUGGGCGCAGCCAUUGCUGCCUUGGUCAAACAUAUGGUCGAACAUGGGAUUGGCUUCUCUGACGAAGAUGGUUAUUCCAUUUGUAAGUUUUUGUGCUUGUGA